GGCAGCGUUCAUUCAAGCGAGAGGUCGUUUCUGAGCCGCUGCGAAGCCACACCACUCCACUCCACCUUUAUAUUUCCCAGCAAUUAUUGCACCGGACAAUGCUGCGAGUAAGAUGUAUGAGAGGAGGUAGCAGGGGCGCCGAGGCUGCCCAUCUGAUCGCAGCUCUGCUCGGACGGUCGGCGAACGGGUGGGUGCAGCGGGCGUUCCAGAGCACCUCCAUCGCCGCUGCCGCCCAGCCCCGAGCCGAAGGCCCGGUGGACCCUGUUUCUGAGGCCGUGCCGGAAGAGUGCCCCGUCUGCGCCUACAACGAAUGGGACCCGUUAGAGGAGGUGAUCGUGGGGCGUGCGGAGAAUGCCCAAGUGCCUCCCUUCAGCGUGGAAGUCAAGGCUAACACGUAUGAGAAGCACUGGCCCUUCUACGAAAAGUUUGGGGGCCAAUCUUUUCCCAAGGACCACUUGAAGAAAGCUGUUGCUGAGAUCGAGGAGAUGUGCAAUAUCCUGCGGCACGAGGGCGUGACGGUGCGCAGGCCGGAGCCCUUGGACUGGUCAAUGCAGUACACCACUCCGGACUUCACCUCCCCAGGUAUGUACGCCGCCAUGCCCAGGGACAUCCUCAUGGUGGUGGGCAACGAGAUCAUCGAGGCCCCCAUGGCCUGGAGGGCCCGCUUCUUCGAGUACCGUGCCUACCGGCCGCUCAUCAAAGAGUACUUCAAGAAGGGGGCCAAGUGGACCACCGCCCCCAAGCCCACUAUGUCCGACGAGCUCUACGACCAGGACUACCCCAUCCGCACGGUGGAGGACCGACACAAGCUGGCGGCCCAGGGCAAGUUCGUGACCACUGAGCACGAGCCCUGCUUCGACGCCGCCGACUUCAUCCGGGCCGGCAGGGAUCUGUUUGUUCAGAGGAGCCAGGUUACAAACUACAUGGGGAUCGAAUGGAUGCGCCGCCACCUCGCUCCGGAGUACAAGAUACACAUCAUCUCCUUCAAGGACCCCAACCCCAUGCACAUCGACGCCACCUUCAACAUCAUCGGACCGGGACUGGUGCUGUCCAACCCCGACCGGCCCUGUCGUCAGAUUGAGAUGUUCAAGAAGGCUGGCUGGACUGUGGUCAAACCCCCGGUGCCGCUGAUUCCAGAUGACCACCCACUGUGGAUGUCCUCCAAGUGGCUGUCCAUGAACGUUCUCAUGCUGGACGAGAAGCGGGUCAUGGUCGAUGCCAACGAACACACCAUCCAUAAGAUGUUUGAGAAUCUUGGCAUCCAGACGGUGAAGGUGAACAUCCGCCACGCCAACUCCCUGGGCGGCGGGUUCCACUGCUGGACCACUGACGUGCGUCGCCGCGGGACCCUGCAGUCCUACUUCCACUAGCCGGCCAGAAAGAGGCAGUUUCUAUUGAGCUUUGAAGCUGAAGUCGCUCCCCGCGUCUGUUACACAGUGUAACAUGACACAUGACGUUAAUAUAAGGGUUAAAACAGACGAGGAAUAUAACAUUACUUUUAGAGGUAGCCUACACUCAAAUUAACUGUUCAUGAACAGUUCAAUCAAUCAAUGAAAGGGUUAACUAGUCGUUUAGGACUUCUAAAACCUGCAACCACAUUUUAGGAUGUAGAUGUAUAUUUAAAUACUAUUCAAAAUCCACCUGGGGAGUGUGACUUUAGGUCUUCGUAACUAUGUAUGAUUUGUGUCAAUUAAGUCGUGAUGUGCAUUUAAAUGUUUAGAAAACGUUCGUUCAGAGACGUCUGCUCAAUAGCAAAUAAUCACAAAAAGCUCAAUAAUCUCAAUAUUAACUGCAUUCUGGCCUGGCUGUGGUAGAACACCUUGAGGGAGGAGAGUGGAGGAUGGGGUACAUGUUAUCAUCUAGGGGCGCCUCGGAGAAACGGUCUUCUGUAUUAUCCAUUAUCGGUGGUUUUACAGAAUGUUUUUCUAUCGAACAAAUGUAUAAAGGUUUUUAUAUAGGUCAUUCAAAAGUAUUGAUUCCGUAAAUAUGUUCUUUUUUAAAGGAUUGGGAUUAAACAAAAAACAUUCUAUUUAUAUAUUCUUCUGUACAUGGUAUUGUACUUUCAUAUAUUUUCAAUGUUUCCCAACAAUUCGUGUUUUUAUAUAUUUACCUGCAGCAGACGAGGAGGUCGUGUUAAUAUUGUUUACCUCGAGCCCGUUUUCUGUUCUUCAACCUGGGCCAGUGAUGUGCUACUAGUCGUGACAUACUGCUUGGCUGCUUUGUACUGAAUAACCGAGCUGCUGAAGACAUUGUAGACGCUUUGGUAUUGUUCAACAUUAAUAUAAAAAUGAAAAAAUAA